AAUGUAUUCUGCUAUGCGAUCGAUAAGAAAGCGACAAAAAUAUUCCAUCAACAAAUGCAAAACCUAUCCGAAUGUUUUUCGAAUGUUCAUUUAACAGCAAUUGAAUACGAAGUGGAUAGUGCUGGUCACAAUAUGGACAGAAGUUACUUGGAAUGCUUGAAACUGAUACGAAAACUAACCAACUGGAAAUACGCUAUUUUAUUGCAGAAUUACGAUAUUCCGUUGAAGACAAAUCACGAAAUGGCCGCAAUAUUGAGAGCGUUAAAUGGCAGCAACGACGUCAGCGUUAGCAAGCCAUUUUCACAUCGAAUCCCAAGAUAUAAGGAUUGGAGCUACGAAGCACUUCACCUUUUCAAAGAUUCCAACCAAAAUGACAAUAGAACAUUGAGGAUCGCAAAAGGAAGUACGGCUGCGACUCUGUCACGACCUUUCGUCGAAUUCAUUAUUGAUAAGCUCAAUUUGACGAUUCUUUUGAAACGUUUCGAUAGUAUUCGGUAUGGUGGCGACGAAAUGCUGAUGGCUUCGCUCAAUUCGGACGAUUUUCUUGGUGAUUCACUUAACAAGUUCUUGUUUCUUGAUCAUGUCUCUUAUAUCACCAGGUACACAGUCUGGGGAUGGUCGCGUUUACCGUGUAAGAGCAGACGUUAUCGGCAUGGAGUUUGUGUGUUCGGUGUUGAGGAUCUAAAGACUUUACGGCACUCGCAUCAUUUAUUCGCCAAUAAGAUGAUGCCUGAAAUGGACUAUUCGGCUGUUUCUUGCUGGGCAAAGCAACUGCGCAGCAGAACCACUCAUCGUCCAAGUGCCCACAAUCAUACUAUUGAUCUCAAUUUCUACGCAAAUCUGCCAACCGUUCAAUUCAAUAAUAACAGACCAAAAUGGCGCAGCAAUUUAGAAGCGUUCAAUUGUACUGGUUGA